AUGGCGGGGUCGCCGCUGCUUCGCGGGCCGCGGGCCGGGGGCGUCGGCCUCCUGGUGUUGCUGCUGUUGGGCCUACUUAGGCCGCCCCCCGCGCUCGGCGCAAGGCCGAUAAAGGAGUCCCGUGGCCUGGGCGCACCCUCGCCGCCUGUGGCUGAAGCUGGCGCUCCCCGCCGGUUUCGACGAGCAGUGCUCCGGGGAGAGGCCGCGGGGGCAAUGCAGGAGCUGGCGCGGGCGCUGGCACACCUGCUGGAGGCUGAACGGCAGGAGCGGGCGCGGGCUGAGGCACAGGAAGCAGAGGAUCAGCAAGCGCGAGUCCUAGCUCAACUGCUGCGCCUCUGGGGUGCACCCCGUGCUUCAGACCCAAGUCUGGGCCUGGACGACGACCCUGAUGCACCCGCAGCGCAGCUCGCACGUGCCCUGUUCCGCGCCCGCUUGGAUCCUGUGGCUCUUGCAGCUCAGCUCGCCCCGGUGCCAGCAUCUGUGCUCAGAACCCGGCCCCCGGCCUACGAUGAUGGCCCCACCGGCCCCGAAACUGAGGACACUGGCGAUGAGACUCCCGAUGUGGACCCAGAGCUGCUGAGGUACUUGCUGGGGCGGCUCCUUACUGGAAACCCGGACCCCGAGACAGUGGCAGCCCCACGCCGCCUCCGAAGGGCCACUGACCAGGAUCUGGGCCCUGAGGUGCCACCUGAGGGCGUGCUGGGGGCACUCCUUCGAGUGAAACGCCUUGAGACUCCUGCGCCCCAGGCACCUGUUCGCCGCCUCUUGCCGCCCUGA